AUGAACAGAGAAAAUUCAGCAUGGCUAGUAGUAGAUUACAUCCUGUGUGUUGUUUACAUUAAGUUUGUUUUCAAAGGGAAGGCUCAAAGAAGUAUGAUACCCCAGGAAUUACUAAACAAGAGGGCCCGGAUUACAGAGAAGAAGGUCAAGGCCAAACGCCGACUUCGGGCAACUCCUGUGACUCCUGUGAGGAUGACCAGUUGCAUCUUCCCAAGGCCUGUGACUAGAAUAAAUUCCCAUCCUGAGAAUAUCACCUUACCUCGGAAUAAGUCUGAAGAGUAUCUGGAGAAACCCCGGCAGGUCUGUGCAUUCAAGAGACUGCUGGGACAUCUAGUUGAAGACAGUAAACGGGAGCUUGUAUGCCCAUUGGAUCUUACAAACACUGUAAGAGGAACUGAAUUGGGAUCGCAGGCUGAAGCCAAAGGUCAAAGCGGCGUUAAUAAUCUGCACACCUCCCCACUCUUUCCCUCUGUUCCACCCUCCUCUUCCUUCAGUCAAGGGGCUACAAUGCCAGUCGCCCUAACGUUGUUGCCAUCUUUGUGCAGUGCAAGAGGUAACUAG